GUAGGUCAAAAACACUAUGGUUCAAAGUGGGUUCAAAUCUAAAAACGUGCUAAUGACGUAGAAUUUCUAUUUAUUUUUGAUUUAUUUUAAGAAAUUAUGAGUUAAUUCUCAUUCAUUAAAUCUACAAAUUCGGCGUAGUCACUUAAAACAUGGCGUUGGACUUGGUCAGCAUCGCGCAACCUCAUUAUAUACCCGGUUACACGGGCCACUGUCCGGAAUACAAGUACCGUAUCGGCGACACGUAUGGCUCAACCACUCACAAGAUCCUUCUGGACCCCAGCGUCAGCCAUUCCGAAAGGCUAGUGCUCUCUGAUAGAACUGCUGAUGAUUUUCAGAUAUUCCGUCCGCCGCGAACUGACAUCGACGUGGUGAACGCGAGGUUUCGCAACGGCGAUCCAGUGUACAAGCAUCCCAUGAUACCGGGAUAUGAAGGUUUCUUGCCUCGGCUGAACGCACACUUUGGCCAGCGGUUCACAGUGGGAGCGACGGAAGCCUUAUCAGAGUUCCAAAAGUCCCAACUAAACCAACGUGCCGCACGCAACCAGUUGGAACGGGUGGUUGACUUACAGGCUGGGAAAGGACAACCCUGGAAACUUGUUGAUAGAUUCUCUGCAACAGCGGAAUUCAAACUGCCUCUAGUGGUGGUAAGGCCAGAAUGCGCCGGAAUAUUACGAGAUGUGCCGAUGGACGAGCCGAAACUGUCCCCGGCCAAUCACUCUACCAGCCCUUACUUUAUGGAGAAUAGUCACCCCGACAAGUUUAUUAAGAAAGGUUUUUCUGGUCAUGUUCCUUACGGUUUCCAACGGUUUGGCGAAUCGUCGAAGAAACUCACCAACUCAGCUCUAUGCGACUUCUCGUCUAACUACAGACGGCGGCAGAGCACAGAAUGGGCUCCUGUGAAUGUAGUCAAACCCGACCCCCCCAUGUCCAUAACCCCUACGGAGAUCUACCACAAGCAUGUCGGGAUGCUGCCAAACUAUGCGGGUCACGUUCCUGGAUGCGUGUUCAGAUUUGGAAAAACUUACGGUAACGAUACAAGAGACGCUAAGAGAUGGCUGCGAGGUGAUUUCAAAGCAUAGAGCAUAAGUUAAGUCGAGAAUACUUUACUACUCUGGUUCUCUGACACCGUAAUGCAUUUUAUAACAAUAGGUAUAAUUUAGACAUUUUUCGUUGUUGAUUUUGGAUGAAAUAAAUUCACUAGACAUGUAUA